GUGUGUGUGUGUGUGUGUGUGUGUGUGUGUGCGCGCGCGUUCUUAAGAGCCUUGAACUUGGCUUUGGGUCAUUAACCAUUUCAUCUGCAGAGAGUGCCAGGCAGCCCUCCAUGAGUCUGCCCUGACAGCACAGCUUCCCCAGAACACACAGGAGGCAAAGCCCAGCAUUCUUUCAUGGGGGAGAAGUAUAGGAAGGGCCACCAUGCUGUGCUCAAUAAAGGAGAGGAGAAUGAAAUGGAGAUAUUUGGUUAUCAGACUGAAGGCUGCCGGAAGACCCUCUGCAUUGCUGGCUAUGUGUUUUCCUGUGGGAUCCUGCCCUUGGUGUUUUACUGGCGACCAGCCUGGAGCGUGUGGGCCAACUGUGUCCCGUGUACCUUGAGAGAAGCUGAUGUCAUUCUCCUCAGGACCACGGAUGAAUUUCAAAUAUAUUCUCGAAAAAAGGUCACAUGGAUCUACCUGUCCUCCCUGAACGGCUCAGUCAGCCUCACCCCGGACCAUCCCGUUAUCGCUGACGAGGAUUAUGUCAUCAACCGAGCCAUCAUCAGGCCUGAUUUAAAGGUGAGGUGUAUUCAGGUGCAGAAGAUCAGGUAUGUUUGGAACAACUCAGAGGAGCAGUUUCAGAAGGUUGGGUGCCUAGAGGAUGGGUUCACUGCUGCCAAGAUACACCUGAAGUUUGGAUCUGGCCUGACCCGAGAAGAGCAAGAGAUUCGGAGGCUAAUAUGCGGGCCCAAUGCCAUUGACGUGGAGAUCACACCCAUUUGGAAACUUCUCAUUAAGGAGGUUCUCAAUCCAUUCUACGUGUUCCAGCUCUUUAGUGUCUGCCUGUGGUUCAGUGAGGACUAUAAGGAGUAUGCUGUCGCCAUCAUCAUAAUGUCCAUAAUCUCCAUCACCUUAACGGUGUAUGACCUCCGUGAGCAAUCCAUAAAGAUCCACCGGUUAGUUGAAUCUCAUAAUAGCAUCCUGGUCACUGUGUGCAGGAGAAAAGGUAUCGAAGCAUUAGAGUCCCGCUACCUGGUCCCUGGAGAUUUAUUGUCAUUGAGUGGGAACAAAAUACAGAUGCCAUGUGAUGCCAUUCUCAUUGAUGGGGGAUGUGUUGUGAAUGAAAGCAUGCUGACAGGGGAGAGCAUUCCUGUUAUCAAAACGGCCCUGCCCAAGGUGGGAGACACUGUGCCCUGGAAGCUGUGUGGCCGAGAGGACUUCAGGAGGCACAUUCUCUUCUGUGGCACCGAGGUCCUCCAGACCAAAUCAGCUGGCUCAGGAACAGUGAAGGCUGUUGUCCUUCAGACCGGUUUCAACACUGCAAAGGGAGACCUAGUGAGGUCUAUCCUCUACCCGAAGCCAAUGAAUUUCCGGCUCUACAGAGAUGCGGUCAGGUUCCUCAUGUGCCUCAUCGGGACUGCCACCAUUGGGAUGGUCUACACCAUAUGCGUUUAUGUGCUCAGUGGCGAGCCUGCAGAGGAGGUUGUGAAGAAGGCUUUAGAUGUGAUUACCAUUGUGGUUCCCCCUGCACUGCCUGCUGCUUUGACAACAGGGAUCAUCUAUGCCCAGCGGAGGCUGAAAAACAAAGGUAUCUUCUGCAUUAGCCCCCAACGGGUCAACAUCUGUGGUCAACUCAACCUCAUCUGCUUCGACAAGACUGGCACCUUAACAAAGGAUGGCUUGGAUCUCUGGGGUGUGGUCCCUUCAGAUAAAAAUGGUUUCCAGGAGGUCCACAGCUUCACCUCUGGCAGCACUCUGCCCUGGGGCCCGCUUUGUGGAGCCAUGGCCAGCUGCCACUCCCUCAUCGUUUUGGACGGGACCAUCCAAGGAGACCCUCUGGAUGUCAAGAUGUUUGAAGCCACCAACUGGGAAAUAGAGAACUCUGGGAUAGAUUUCCACGUCAGAGGAGCCCCAGCAGGAGCCACGAUUGUGAAGCCAAGCCAAGCAACCUGUCAAAUCCCAGUGGAAGGAAUCGCUAUUUUGCACCAGUUUCCAUUCUCGUCAGUGCUGCAGAGGAUGUCCGUCAUUGUGCAGGAGUUGGGAGGCAACAGGAUGGCCUUCAUGAAGGGGGCACCAGAAAGGGUGGUUAGCUUUUGCCAUCCCGACACCGUGCCAAGCAAUUUUGCCAGUGAACUCCAGAAUUACACCAUACAGGGCUUUCGAGUUAUUGGAUUGGCUUACAAAAGGCUGGAGAUCAAUCAUCACAUCACUGCCUGGAUCAGGGAGAAGGUGGAAUCAGACCUGACAUUCCUGGGUCUCCUGAUCUUGGAGAAUUGCCUGAAGGAAGAGACCAAGCCAGUCUUGGAGGAGCUCACCUCUGCCAAUAUACGGACAGUGAUGGUCACAGGUGACAACCUGCAGACUGCAGUCACUGUGGCCAAGAAAUCAGGGAUGAUCGCUGAAAGUCUGAGAGUCAUUCUCAUCGAAGCCAAUGAGGCUGAUGGAUCCUCACCAGCCUCAGUUACUUGGAAACUGCUGGAAGACAGAAAACACGCUGGCUACAGAGACCAGGACAGUUAUAUUAAUAUCGGGGAAGAUGUCAGCAAACCCAGAGAUGAAGAAGGAAGUUAUCAUUUUGCCAUGACUGGGAAAUCCUAUCAGGUGAUAAGCCAACAUUUCAGCAGUCUGCUGCCAAAAAUCCUGAUGAAUGCGACAGUUUUUGCCAGAAUGUCUCCUGGGCAGAAAUCCAAGCUGGUUGAAGAGUUUCAGAAGCUGGAUUACUUUGUAGGUAUGUGUGGCGACGGAGCCAAUGACUGUGGGGCUUUGAAAAUGGCUCAUGCAGGCAUUUCCCUGUCUGAACAAGAGGCCUCCGUGGCUUCCCCAUUCACCUCCAAAACCCCGAAUAUAGAAUGUGUGCCCCACCUCAUUAAGGAAGGACGUGCGGCGCUGGUUACCUCAUUCUGUAUGUUUAAAUACAUGGCUCUGUACAGCAUGAUUCAGUACAUCGGCGUGCUCCUGCUUUAUUGGAAAACAAAUAGCCUUUCAAAUUACCAGUUUUUGUUCCAGGAUCUGGCCAUCACUACCAUCAUUGGGAUAACAAUGAGUUUGAAUGCCGCCUACCCCAAGCUGGUUCCUUACAGACCUCUGGGCAGGCUAGUCUCCCCUCCACUGCUCUCGUCUGUGUUUCUCAACAUGCUUUUCAGCCUGGCCAUGCACCUGCUGGGUUUCAUCCUUGUUCGGGAGCAGCCCUGGUACUCUGCCACCGAUGUCUUCAGUGCCUGUUCCCUACCAAAGGGAAACAUCUCCAGGACGGCCACUUCACCCAUGAUAUCAGGGAAGGUUAGCCCUGACAGCUUCAUGAGCUAUGAGAACACCACAGUCUGGUUCUUGGGGACCAUCAACUGCCUCAUUGUCGCACUGGUGUUUUCCAAAGGAAAGCCAUUCAGACAGCCCAUUUAUACCAACUAUAUCUUUGUGCUUGUGUUGGCGGUCCAGAUGGGGACAUGUAUUUUCCUUCUCUUUGCGAAUAUUCCCGAUCUUUAUCAGCGGAUGGAUCUUGCCUGCACACCCACCCUUUGGAGGGUUUACUUGGUCAUCAUGCUUGCUGUCAAUCUGAUUCUGUCCCUGAUUGUGGAGGAAGCCAUCAUUGAAAAUCGAGCCCUCUGGCUGAUCAUCAAGCGAAGUUUUGGAUUUCAGUCUAAAAGCCAGUAUAGAAAAUGGCAGAGUGUGGUGGCCAGUGACCAAGCCUGGCCCCCCCUGAAUCAGACUUCCUAUUCUGAGCGGCUGGAGAGUGCCAGUGGAGUAUCCUACAGCAACCCCGUGUUUGAAAGCCAUGAAGAGACCCCAUGAAGGCUAUGUCCUAGGGCUCUGGGGCCCAGGUGGUCUGACAAGAAAGAAAGGGAUGGAAGGACUUCAGGAACUUUGUAGUCCAAGGAAGCUCCUUCUAAUUGAAACCAGAGGUUUUGAUGAACAGAUCAAAUCAUGAUUAUAAAUUAAAGUCUUUUUGCCCAAAUUAUGUUUCUGCUGUGGACCUGCAGCUCUGGCCAGCCCUCUUCUCUCUCCCCUAGUUCAUGGAUGUUCAGCUUCCAGAGAAUGACCAGAGGAGGCAAUAAAUGCUGAAGUCCUAAGGCUUUGAGAGAGAGAGAGAAAGGAAGAGAGUGAAACACUUGUGGGUCUAAUGAGGUAGUUCAAUCUGUUUCUCUAACCCUCCCUUCUUACUCUCUCCCUUUCUUUAUUUCUCCUUCCCUUCUUUCCCUUCUUCCGCUCUCCCUUUUUCUCUUCCUCUUCUGCCUUCUCUGCCUAACCAGUGAGUAACUUUUUGUAAGAAAGAAUAAAAAUUAGUUCAUCAAAUCCUAGCCAACACAUCAAUGGAGUCUGACAGAAUGUAAAACAUUCUACCUCGUAGUUCUCUGUCUUGCAAAGAAGAUGAAUCUCUUUCUCCCCUCUUUUUUUCUUAAAUGUCAUCUUGUCCCUGUCACUCCUAUUUCUCAACUCUUCUCCCCUCCAUUAUUUUUCAUCAUCUUAUCACUUCCUGGAGCCCAAGGCAUUGCUGUACCUCUGGGAUAGGUGCAUUACUUUGUUGUCAUUUUCCACAUACUUAACGAUUGUAAGCUCCAUGAGGGCAAACGCUGUUUCACUUUUUUUUUUUCUUUAACUCCAGCACCAAGCAUAGUGCCUGGUGUAGAGAUUGACUGACACAAGAGAAAUGGAUGAUACUGUGCUUGCCCUCAUGGAGCUGAUGAUCUUUGAAGAGAUAAGACUCACAUACAAGAUGCAAUUUUGUGCCAACAAAGAGAUAAAAUCCAAGACAACUAGCCUGAAUAUGUUUGAUUUAGUGUAGCUAAGUGCCCACAUGGAUGCCAUGAGAGUCAAUAUGGUAGAAUGAAUGGAAUGCUGGACUUAGAGUCAUUAAGACCCAGGUUCAGAUCACAACUCUGGGCCUAAUUAAUUUUGUGAAAUUUGGAAAGUCAAUUAUGCUCCCUGAAGCUUAGGAAACUCUAAGCCUGUGGGUUACUGAUUGCUUACUAUCUUGGAAUUCCCAAACCAAAGACGCCCCAAGACCUGGAAAUACAAACACGGGAGGCAGUGGGUGUAGGGGCCUUGGAGCCAGAAAGGCUCUCCCCAUAUCUUGCUGAAUGGUAAAUGGUAGGUGGCUGAAUCUGCCGGCCCAUGGUCUGGGUUGGAAUUCUCUCUCUGAUGCUCACUACUUGUGUGACCUUGGGAAAGUCAGCCUCCCUUGUCCUCGGUUUCCUCAUCUGAAAAAUGAAGGACUUUUAAGUGCCUUCGAGUUCCGGUUCUACGACCCUCUUACCUGGGCUAUGACAUGGUGCCAUGUAUAGGCUUCUGGAUUUGAAGUCUAGAAGACCUGGGUUCAAAUCCCACCACAGUCACCUACCAGCUGUGUGACUCUGGGCAAGUCACUUCACUUCUGCUGCCUCAGUUUCCUCAAAUGUUAAAUGGGGAUAAUAAUAACACUUACCUCCCAGGAUGGCUGUGAGGACUAAAUGACAUGAGUAAAGUGUUCACAAACAUUAAAGUGCUACAUAAACACCACCUGUUAUCCUAUGACCAUCGACAAACAUGGAUUAAGAGCCUGCUUGUUGUGUGCCAGGCCGUGUGCUCUCCGCUGGGCAUCUCAGGACAGAAGCAUUUGAAAGCCACUGAUUCUGUGCAGCUGAAAUCGCCACAUUUCUGGGAGGAAAAGCAUGAACGAGCAUUCGUUAAACACAUACUGCAGGCCGGGAGUGAUGCUUUCUGGAAGAGAUAUCAAACACCCUCGGAGGGUGCUCUUUCUUUGGGGAAAACACCAUCCAAGCGAUGUUGGGUCAGUCAAGUCAAUGAGCGUUUAGUAAAUGCUUACCAAGCCU